GGUAAACUGUGUAGUGAUCUGAUUUCAAUUAAUUUUCUUGCUUGGCUUGUUUCUGAUCAACUUUGUUUCUAUUUUACCAGAUUUUUCAUACUCCUAUCUCAAUCUAUUUCUUCUUGAAAAUAUCUCAACUAUUACUCAUAUACAAACAGACUCAUAUGUCUUAUCAUCCAUAAUAUUGCUUAAAUUUGAAUUUCCGACUUCUAAGUCACAAGAUGUUCUUUGGCAGAGGAUGACUCUUCUAAAUUUAAAAUCUUACUUAAAAAUAACUGAGGCUGCAAUGAGACAUCUGAGAAAGGUAAAUUUUACAAAAUUUAAUUGCCAAUUUUCGAAUAACAAGAUCUCUGAAAAGCUAAUGCUAAAGGCUUUGGAUGAAGGAUCUUCAUCAAUGAUUAUCUGAUGGCAGGAUGCUACUUUUUAACGAUAAAUAAGUCUGCUAAGUCAUUAAUUGACUUGAGCUUAAGAUCUUGGAAAGAAGCUUAUUGAGGUUUGGUAUAGUUUAACAUACGCUUAUUAGAUUUGUUCUUUUCUUGGUUGUUUAUAAGUUUCUUAAUAAAGUCUAAGAGCAUUUGAAGUUCUCUUCGUAUAUUUAGAACAAGAGAUGGGAAGAUAUCUGAAGAGAGAAAGUUUGUCUUAGUAUCAGGAUCAUAGUUCAAAAUAGUAAGCUGAUUUGCUGAUUUGAAUGCUUUAGUAUUUUAAUGAAAUUAGCAGCUAAACUCUUCAAAACUAAGAAUUCUUCAUAAUUCUGACCCAAAUGCAAUUCACAGAAAUACGUUCCUUAAAAAGCACCUUAGUAAACAGUAUCAUUGUCAUCAUUAUCUGCUCAAAUUUUUGUGCAGAGUUCCAUUU